AUGCUUUUAGAUAGAGGAGCAGAUUGUAACAGAUGUGAUAAAGAUGAGAAGCCACCUUUAAUGUUUGCCUGUUCUAAAGAAUACACAGAGAUAGUAAAGAUUUUGUUAGACAGAGGAGCAGAUCCUAAUAAAUGUGAUAAAGAUAUGUGGUCACCUUUAAUGCUUGCCUGUGGUAAUAGAUACAUUGAAAUAGUAAAGAUACUCCUAAACAGUGGGGCAGAUUGUAAUAAAUGUGACAACAAAGGGUGGUCACCUUUAAUUCUAGUCUGUGAUAGAGGGUACACAGAAAUAGUAGAGAUAUUAUUAGAUAAAUUGGCAGAUUAUGAUAAAUGUGUUAAACAGAUAUGGUCACCUUUAAUGCUUGCCUGUGGUAAUGGAUACAAAGAAAUAGUCAGCAUGUUGUUAGACAGUGGAGCAGGUUGUAAUAAAUGGGACAUAGAUAUGUGGUCACCUUUAAUGUUUGCCUGUAAUAAAGGAUACACAGAAAUAGUAAGGAUGUUGUUAGAUAGAGGGACAGAUUCUGAUAAAUGCGAUAAAAAAGGGAAGUCACCUUUAAUGAUUGCCUGUUUUAACGGAUGCACAGAGAUUGUAAAGAUAUUAUUAGAUAAGAGGGUAGAUUGUAAUACAUUGGAUCAAGUUGGAUGGUCACCUCUAAUCUUUGCCUCUUUAAAAGGAUACACAGAGAUUGUAAAGAUGUUAUUAGAUAGGGGCGCAGAUUGUGAUUCAUGCGAUGAGGAUGAAAAGUCACCUUUAAUGUUUGCCUGUUCUAAAGAAUACACAGAGAUAGUAAAAAUUUUGUUAGAAAGAGGGGCUGAUCCUGAUAAAUGUGAUAAAGAUAUGUGGUCACCUUUAAUGCCUGCUUGUGGUAAUAGAUACAUUGAAAUAGUGAGAAUCCUGUUAGACAGUGGGGCAGAUUGUAACAAAUGCGACAAAGAUGGGUGGUCAUCUCUAAUGUUUGCAUGUGAAGAAGGAAGCACAGAAAUUGUAAAAAUGUUGUUGGAUAGUGGAGCAGAUUGUAAUAAAUGUGAUCAAGAUGGGUGGUCACCUUUAAUGCGUGCAUUUGGUAAUAGAUACACGGAAAUAGUAAGGAUGUUGAUAGAUAAAGAUUCAGAUAAUGGUUAA